AUGCCCAAUGGCAGCUCCACCACCGAGUUUCUCCUUCUGGGAUGCGGGGAUACAUUGGAGCUGCAGCUCUUGCACUUCUGGCUCUUCCUGGGCAUCUACCUGACUGCCCUCCUGGGCAACGGCCUCAUCAUCACCACCAUAGCCUGCGACUACCGCCUCCACACCCCCAUGUACUUCUUCCUCCUCAACCUCUCCCUCCUCGACCUGGGAUCCAUCUCCACUACACUCCCAAAAGCCAUGGCCAAUUCCCUCUGGGAAACCAGGGCCAUUUCCUACUCAGGAUGUGUUGCACAGGUCUUUUUCUUUCUCUUCCUGAUUGGAGGAGAGUAUUGUCUUCUCACUGUCAUGGCCUAUGACCGCUAUGUUGCCAUCUGCAGACCCCUGCACUAUGGGACCAUCCUGACCAGCAGAGCUUGUGUCCACAUGGCAGCAGCUGCCUGGGGCAGUGGCUUUCUCUAUGCUGUGCUGCACACGGCCAAUACAUUUUCACUCCCACUCUGCCAAGGCAAUGCUGUGGACCAGUUCUUCUGUGAAAUCCCCCAGAUCCUCAAGCUCUCCUGCUCAGAUGCCUACCUCAGGGAGGUUGGGCUUCUCAUGGUUAGUGGCAUUUUACUCUUUGGUUGUUUUGUUUUCAUUGUGCUGUCCUAUGUGCAGAUCUUCAGGGCCGUGCUGAGGAUCCCCUCUGAGCAGGGGCGGCACAAAGCCUUUUCCACAUGCCUCCCUCACCUGACUGUGUUCUCCCUGUUUAUCAGCACCGGCACAUUUGCUUACUUGAAGCCCCACUCCAUCUCCUUCCCAUUGCUGGAUCUGGUAGUGGCCGUGCUGUACUCUGUGGUGCCUCCAGUGGUGAACCCUCUCAUCUACAGCAUCAGGAACAAGGAUCUGAAGAAUGCCUUGAGGAACUUAUUUCAAUACAUGCUUCUUCAGCAUCCAUAA